GCCCCCCCCCCCGCUACCCGCUACCACGUAGGAUGUGAUGGUAUAAUAAGACUCCUGCCACGGAACCCCUCACUCGCAUUGCUCCACUCACUUCUCAAGUUUGUUGUCUCUAUUCUUUCUCUCAUACUGCUCUUCAAUCUUUCAGGAAAUCGGCUUUUCUGGUUUAAUUAAAAAGAAGUUCCACUCGUUGGGAAUAUACACAACACGGCUCUACAACUCCGCCCUUCCUCCAGCUCAAAGCGUAGACCAGAACCUCGAGGCCGAGAUAUAUAUCAUUGAAAAGCUGCGACAACGACCACACACAGACAGGCAGACCGCUCUUCAAAUAUGGCCGUCGUCGCUGAGGCCUCUCCUCCGGCAACGCUCGUCGCCUCGGACAACGUGCGGGCUUUGCUCUCGCCCGCCCUCACUCAGUCCCUCCUCUCCCUCGCCGUCAUCUUCCCCCGCCUGCUGAGCACCACCACGCUCUUCGUCCUCCUACGCGCCUAUUUCCUAUCCGCCAUCAUCCUCCGCCAGAGCGCCUACGCCGCUCAGCUCCUGGCGGCGCAAUCCUACUAUGCCUGCUCCUUGAUGGCGAGGCAGCUCUUCGCGGCUGCGAAGCAGAGUCUGAAGCUAGGCUGGAAAGCGACAGAGAGGCUGCGGAAGAAGCUGAUCUUCGAGUUAGCCGUCUUCGUGCUGGGUACCGGCGGGAACAGUAUGAUCCUCUUGGUGUUCUGGCCUGGAUGGAUCGUGAUCGGUGGGGUGCUGGGUGUCACAAUGUGGGCUUGCAGGUGAAGGGGCUCCACAUAGCAAGAGAACAUCCUUCA